AAGAAUUACAUUACAACCCACACAACUCUCUGAAAUUUCACUAUCCCCCCACAUUUAUCUCUAAUUUCCGCUAGCCCCCUCCAUCUUCCCUGUUAAUCCACCACCCAGCACCAAAAUCAAAAACCCCUAAAACCCUAAAACCGCCGGAAAAAAAAAAUGCGGUCUUUCCUCUGGUACACGGCGAAGCUAUUCAGCUCCAGGACCCUGACCCGAUCCAUGUCUCAAUCGACAUCGAUCCCCAAAAAGCAAACCCGUGUUCGCGACCACGGCUACGACGAUUUCAUGGAAGUCGACAAAAAAGUCCGCAAAAUCCUCCAAUUCCAAGAGCUCAUCCUCUCUCAGACCAACAACAUGAUCUCCGUCUCGCGCCUCGACUCCAUCUCACGCCGUAUCGGGUUCAAGCAAUUCGAAUCGGGUCGGUUCAUACUCAAAUUCCCCCACGUCUUCGAGGUGUUCGAGCAUCCGGUCCAGCGGAUCCUCUACUGCCGCCUCUCCCGAAAGGCAGCUUCUCAAAUCGAGCAAGAGAACGAAGCCCUUCUGCGGCAAAUACCCGACGCCGUGACCCGGAUUAGGAAACUGCUGCUCCUGUCCAAAACGGGUCGGGUCAGAUUAGAACACAUCCGAAUUGCCCGGAAAGCGUUCGGCCUGCCCGAUGAUUUCGAGUACUCUGUAAUCCUGAAACACCCCCAAUUUUUCCGAUUAUUCGACGCCGACGAGACUAGAAAUAAGUAUAUCGAAGCUGUGGAGAAGGAGAAGGACAAGAGUUUAUUAGGUGUCUCUGCAAUUGAGAGAAUGAGGGAAAUCGAGUACAGGGAGAAGGGCAUUGACGCAGAGGACAUUCGUUUUUCGUUCAUUGUGAAUUUUCCGCCCGGUUUCAAGAUCGGAAAGUACUACAAGAUUGCAGUUUGGAAGUGGCAGAGGCUGCCCUACUGGUCGCCGUACGAGGAUGUUUCCGGGUACGAUUUAAGGUCGCUCGAGGCGCAAAAGAGAAUGGAAAAACGGGCCGUUGCAAUGAUCCACGAGCUCUUGUCUUUAACCGUUGAAAAAAAGAUGACACUGGAAAGAAUCGCGCAUUUUAGAAUGGCGAUGGAUUUGCCUAAAAAAUUGAAGGAGUUCUUGUUACAGCAUCAGGGAAUAUUCUAUAUAUCGACUAGGGGUAAUCAUGGAAAGUUGCACACGGUUUUUUUGAGGGAGGCGUAUAGGAAGGGGGAUUUGGUUGAGCCGAACGAGCUGUAUCUGGCUAGGAGAAAGCUCGCUGAGUUGGCAUUGGUUAGUCCGAGGAAAGCGAAAGUGAAUAAGGAGCUGUCGUAUUAUAGGAGAGACGGGCUUGAGGAAGAUAAGGGAAGUGUUGAAAGAGGAUAUAUCGAGGAUGAUUUCGAGGUGGAAUGUAAUCGUAAACGAGAGGUUGAAUCGGAUAGUGAUUCUUCUGCUUAUUCGGACGAUGGUGACAGUUGUAAUGGGAGUGAUGUGGAGGGAGAAUCUUCUUGCACCUCAGAGUAAUGAAGUUUACUCGAGAUUAUAGAGAAAAGGAGGUGGCGCGAAACAGGGCUUUAACAAAUCAAGAAUGCAUUUUUAUGCCAUCCUACCAAAAGGGAAGAAACCAUGCAAUGCAUUGUCGGGAUUGCACGAGGGCGAUAUUCGGACAAUGAUAAUAGAAAAUUGGGGUGUUACGGAAAUUAUUUCGAUCGGUGUUUAUAUUUGCUGAUUGAUGAGGAAAUCAUCUAGAAGUUGAAGAUAGAAAGGUAAGAAGAUUUAUGAGGGGUUUCUUUAAUUAAUUGAAGAUAAAUUAAUCUUGGGUUCAUAAAUCAUUUUUUUAGGGAUAUCAAGAUUGUGUGUGCAAGAAAAUUGUAGCUUGGUUUGGUUAUUUAACAAAUGAAAUUUAGGAUUAAGAAUUCUUGAA